AUGGCUGGCCUCGACCACAUCAAUACGGAAGGCCCUCAAUCCACAAAUGGGGCUCGAGUCCCUGUCGAGAAGAAAGAUGUGUCCCAAGUUGAACGGGUACUUUCUGGAGGUAGCGAGAUCCGGAAAGAUUUCGUUGACUAUGAUCGUAUGGACAAAGAUGUCGCUAAAUAUGCCAAUCAAGAGCGCAUCGAAAUCUCAGCAGCAGAAAACAAACGGUUAAAGAGAAUGAUCGAUAGGCGAGUUCUCGCUAUCAUGAUACCCACCUACUUUCUGCAGGCUCUAGACAAGGGCACUCUCUCUUUCGCCGCAAUCAUGGGCAUCAGAAAGGAUCUAGGCCUUCUUGAUGGUCAAAAGUACUCUUGGUUGACCACCUGUAUAUAUAUCGCAGUCUUGGUUGUUGAAUAUCCCACAAAUUGGACUAUUCAAAGGGUGCCAAUAGCAAAAUACCUCUCCCUAAGCAUCGUGCUCUGGGGAACGGUUUUGGCAUGCCACUCAGUCGCAACCAACUUCACCACUAUCCUGGUAUUAAGGACUUUGCUGGGUAUUUUCGAAGCUGUCUGUCAGCCAAGCUUUUUGCUCCUCAGCAGUAUGUGGUAUAAACGAGAAGAGCAAGCGGAGACCGUCACAUAUUGGUAUAUGAUGAAUGGAGGACAGCAAAUCGUUGGUGGCCUCCUCGCCUAUGCGUUUACCCAAAUUGAUUCUGGCCCGUUGAAAUCGUGGCAAGCUCUUUUCAUCACCUAUGGGUCGUUCUCCGUUCUCUGGGGUCUUUUCGUCGGAUAUUGGAUGCCAGAUUCACCAAUGAAAGCAAAGUGCUUUUCGGAAGAAGACAAGAGACUAAUGGUCGAACGUGUGAGGAGCAACCAAACUGGUCUGCAGAACAAGAGAUUCAGACCCGAGCAAGUCAAAGAAGCCUUUCUGGAUCCCCAAACUUGGUGCUACAGCCUCAUUGCCAUAUGCACUACACUUCCAACUUCCGGGUUGGGUGCUUUCGCGAACAUUAUUAUCACUGGCUUCAAUUUUACAGUGCUUCAGACCCAAUUACUUGCCAUGGUACUUGGUGUUGUGAUUAUCGCGAUUCUGCUCAGCUCAACAUGGCUCGUCAAACGUACUCACCAGAAUUGCCUAGUGAUGGCUUUCUUCGUCAUUCCGUCCUUUGUCGGAACGAUCGUUCUCAUGAGCGUCAAGAAUCACAACACCGGAACUAAGGUGGGAUUGCUUAUCAGCUACUAUAUUGUACUGUCCUUCUGGGCUGCGCAAACUUUGUCCAUGAGUAUCCUCUCUCGCAAUGUUGGCGGACAGACCAAGAAGAGUAUCGUUGUAACCAUCAAUUUUGUCUCUUGGUGCACAGGAAAUGCAAUCGGCCCUCAAGUUUUCCUAUCAUGGGAUGCUCCUCGCUACUUCAUCGCCUUUGCGACACACAUGGGAUGCUAUGUGCUGUUGGUCAUUGUCAUUAUUUUCCUUCGCUGGCACUUGAGACGACAGAACCGCAAGAAGGAUGAGUUGGCGGCGGCUGGUAUUCAUGAGGCUGAUGAUAAGCAAUAUGUGCACGCGUUUGAAGACUUGACAGACCGCGAGAAUCCCAACUUCAGAUAUAUCUACUAG